UGCAUAACCGAGAGGAUUGAAUUGAGCCUAAAAUCUGCUAAAAUGGGUUCGGAUCCUUUUCACGAGAACACUUUCCAAAAUCAGAGAGUCUCUUCGUUUGCCAUUGCUUCACUUGCCAUCUUCGAUGGCUUCUUGCUUUGUAUCUGGACUGUGAAUCGAAGACCUGUUCACUGCUAUUGUGAAAAACAUGGUGAGCAAUCGACAGAAAAACCCAGAAGUGUUCCCAACACCAGACCCAACAAUACCCAAAGACCCAAACAAGAAGAACAAAAUGAAGAGCAAAUUCAAACGCAAGAAACCAGAAACCCAAUCCUCAGACCAACCCAAUAUACCCAAGCAUUGCUCUAAGAAAUCUCACUGGGAAAAGAACAAGAUGGAUGAAUCUACUUCUGGAGAACCUAAAACACAAGAACCCAAGAAACUAAACCUAGGGAUUGUUUGGGAUCAUUUCACAAGAUUGGAUUGUGAACAUGGUGAAAAUCCUAGGGCUGCCUGCAACUAUUGUGGUAUGGAUUAUGCAUGUGAUCCUAAAGUUAAUGGAACAAAACUUAUGUUAACUCAUAUAGAAUCACGGUGCAAGGAGUAUCCCUUAAGGCAAGAUGAGAACCAAACUACUACCCUAGGUUUUGAACCCAAAAGAGAAACUGUUGAUGGAGAAACAAUUGGUGAUCUUGUGGCUGCAAGUUUUAGUGUGGAUGCAUGUAGAAAGGCCCUAGUGGAGAUGUUCAUAAUAGAUGAAUUGCCUUUUAAAUUUGUGGAAGGUGAAGGAUUUAAACGAUUUAUGCGUGUGGUGCAACCAAAGUGGCUAACAAUUCCAUCUAGGAUUACAAUUGCUAAUGAUUGUAAGUCAAUAUUUGUGAGAGAGAAGGCGGCUUUGAAGAAUGCACUUAGAGGUCAACGAAUAUGUCUUACUACUGGCACUUGGACAUCUGUGCAAAAUUUGAAGUAUUUGUGUCUUAUUGCACAUUUUAUUGAUUGUGAUUGGAAACUUAACAAAAAAAUUCUUAACUUUCGUUUAGUACCAAAUCAUAGAGGUAAAACACUUGGUAGGGUGAUUGAGGGUUGUUUGUCAGAAUGGGGCAUUGAUAAGCUUCUAACAAUUACAGUUGACAAUGCAAGCUCAAACAAUGGUGUCAUUAAUUUCUUGAAGCGGUGGACCAAAGAUAGGAAGAAUACCAUAUUAGAGCAUGAGUUUUUACAUGUGAAAUGUUGUGCUCACAUAGUGAAUUUAAUUGUUUGUGAGAGCUUGAAAGAGAUUGAUGACUCAAUCACUAGGAUCCGUAAUAUUGUGAAGUACGUGAAAUCCUCUCCAUCUAGGAUGGCCGAAUUCAAGUUUUGUGUUAAAUUAGAGCGCAUUGAAUAUGAGGGUCAACUUUGUUUGGAUGUGGCUACUCGGUGGAACUCCACAUAUUUCAUGUUAGAACGGGCUUUACAAUUUCAAAAAGCGUUUGAGCGGUUGGAAGAUGAUGACACUUUUUUCCAUUUGAAAUUUAGAGAGGAUGAGAUUGCCGAGGAGGUUGGUGAAGGUGGUGAGGGUGUUGUUGGUGUUGGUGGGGCUAACAGUGGGAAAGGGAAAGAGGAUAGUAAAUCACAUUCGGGCCUCCGACAAGUGAUGAUUGGAUGAAGGCUAAGUUGUACUUCAAGUUCUUAAAAUUGUUUUACAAAGCAACUUUGCGUCUUUCAGGUUCUUUGUAUGUCACUUGCGAUGCUUUUUUUACAGAGAUAAUGGUGAUUCAAAGUUCAAUCACCAAAUUGUGUGCAAAUGAUGAUGAAAAUUUGCAAUUAUUGGCACGUGGCAUGAGUUUUAAGUUCGAUAAGUAUUGGGGGGAGGUUUGAUAAGAUCAAUUUGUUAUUAUUUGUUGCGGUUGUUCUUGAUCCCCGUUACAAACUCAAGUAUGUGCAAUGGUGCUGAGAACAAAUUUAUGAAGCUAAGCAUGUUGAGGACUUGGCAAUGAGAUUAAAGAACGAGUUGGCACAAAUAUAUGAUUGGUAUGUCUUGCAUGAUUCAAUUGACAGUGUGCAGACUCAAAAUUUGAGUGAUUCAUCGAAGAGAAUUACUAUGGAUGAAGAUGAUGACACAGAUGUCUUUGAAAAAAUGAUGUCUCAGUUUAAGAAGCAUUUGGAGGAAGAAAGUAAUAUGGUUAAUAAGUCCGAGUUGGAGAGAUUUUUGAUGGAGGAUUGUGAAGAGUACAAUGAUAAUUUUGAUAUCUUGUUUUGGUGGAAGGCUAAUUCCUCCAAGUAUUGCAUCCUCUCUCAUCUAGCACGUGAUGUUCUAGCCAUCCCCGUGUCCACAGUUGCAUCCGGAUCUGCUUUUAGCACGGGAGGACGUGUUCUUGAUCCAUUCCACAGUUCUCUAUCACCCUCUAUGGUGGAGGCCCUCAUUUGUUCUCAAAACUGGUUGCAUUCCCCAGCUCAAAUCAAUCUUAGAGAUCAGUUGGAUGAAUUGGAGAAACUUGCAUCAGAGUUUAUGGAAGGAGGAGAAAGUAACUGACAAGGAUUGAACCAUCAUUGAUGUUUGAAAGCAAUGGUUUUUGGCUUCCAAUGGUUGCUGAAUGUGAUUGCUGCUGUGUCUACAAUUCGCUCUCUGUUUAUGUUUGAGACAGAGUGAAGUUUGUAUGUAAUUUGUUAAUGUUAAGUGUGUUUUGCCUUGGUGUUGGUGGAUUUGAUGCUAAUAUAUACUAUAUAUAUGUAUAUAUAUAUUUUGCUGGUAAGCAACUACUGAGUCUACUGAGUUAUCUUGGUGUUGAUGGAUUUGUUGCCUAUGGUUAUAGAAAUCAAAACCAUUGUUUGACUAUUCUGUAAUAUACCUUUUGAAAUUGUUUAGAACUUUAGUGCCUUCACCAAAUAAUGUCUACAUGUUUGGGACAACUAUGUU